AUGAAACAAAAAUCCAGGAAUAAAGGGGAAAGAAGCGUUCACCGGCGGCUUGUCCGGCCCCCGACGAGAGGCAGGCACGAAGGCUCCGACGUCGUCCUGCAGUCCACAGGUGUAGCAGAACAUCACGCAGCCCUCGCGUUCGCCGCCUGGGACAACAGCUUCGUCCUGCAGGACUUCAACUCCCCCCACGGCACCUUCGUCAACGGCUGCCAGGUCCAAAACGCGGCCGUGAAAGUGAGUCCGGGGGAUAUCCUGCGCUUCGGCGUGGGGGGAGCAUCCUUCGAGCUGGUGGUGGAUGGGGCUGCCCCGGUGAAGAUGUCCUGUCCCCCCGUGAAGCGUCACACAGCGUGGACCGGGCAGCUCCAGCCCGAGAGCGCCCGGGUGAGGAGCGUGGCCACCGCCAUCUCACCGGAUGCUUUUGGGAGGACCUCGGCAGUGAGGCCAGGCUCGGCCAGCAUCUUGGGCGAUGGUGCGAACAGUGUGGGGGGAACCCCUUCCCCAGGGACUCAGGACGCAGAUCCGGCCCCGCAGGAGAAGGUGACGCUGGGGACGGGUGAAAAGCAGAAGGCAAGCGGUCGCCUUUCUGCUUCGGAAACGGAAUUCAAGCAGAAAGACGCCAUGAUACGAGACCUGCAGGAUGAGAUCGCAGCCAUGGCCAAGACGCUGGCGCAGGCGGCAGCGAGGAACGAGGUGGAGCUGACCCAGAAGCUGCUCACCUUCGACCGAGAGCUGGCAGCCAAAACGGAGGAGAUCAAAGCUUUGAGGGAACAGAUCAGCCACCUGCAGAAAGGCUCGAGCCAGGUUUUCAGCCAUUCUCUCUACGAGAGAGACCUGGAGAUCGGAAGGCUGCGGAAAGAAGGCGAGAAGUUGAAGCGGGACCACGCGUUGGCCGCAGGUCUGGUGACCAGCCUGCAAAGAGAGAUUGCCGGGAAGGAGCACAAAAUCCAGCAACUCAAGGAAGACGUGGAGAAAACGAAGAAGGAAAACCGAGAAAAGGACAAUCAGCUAGCAGUCGUGUCUGCCAAGUGCUCUAGAAUAAGAGAAGAACUGAAGCGUGAGCUUGGAGAGCGAGAAGUAACGGCGUGCCGAAACGUGAGUCGCAAGUCAUUUGUGGCGAUGGAGCACACGGUAGAGCUGCCGCUGCCGGAAUGCGUCACGGAGAGAAUAAAUAACUGGGCGUGUGAAGGGGGUUGUUUUGAGUCCGACUCCUGUGGACUCUUGCAGCGCAUCGGGGAGCUGGAACGCGAGCUGGAGGAGCUGCAGGGCCAAGUCCGGAAGCAUCGUGCCGAGCAGGAGAGCAUCCGAACCCAGCUGGCUGAGAAAGCCAAGCUGGAGUCCCUCAAAACCCAAGUGAUGCGAGUCUGUUCUCCAGCAGCCGCGGGAGUGGCGGGGGGGGUGGCGACGGAGCAGCAGGUGAUAGAGGAGGUGAGGCAGAUCACUGAAGAAAACCGACAAAGUCAUGAGAGAGAGAAGUGUCUGCAGGAGGAAUUAAGCACGAGGCUCUCCAAAGAAAAGGAGGUGUCAGAAAAUCUCGAGGCGUUCCAGAAAUCCCUGCGUGAGCUCCAGGGCCAAUUAGAGAGGAGCCGCGAGUCGCAGGCGGCUUUGCUGGAGGAGAACAUGAAGGAGCUGGAAGCGAAACACGAGCAAGACUUACAGAUGAAAAUCAAGCAAAUCAUAAUGGAGAAGGACAAGGAGAACACAGAGAUGUUGGCGAGCGCUCUCACCGAGGAGAAGAACAAGUGCAAGCAAGCUGUGGAGGAAGAACAGAAGAAGAGGCAAGACCUGGAGAGCCACCUGAGGAGCAUGGCUGAGGUAGUGGAACAGAAGUCAAAGGAGCGGGAGGUUUCAGACAGCAAGCUGAGAGAAGCCGUGGCCAGCCUGGAGGAAGCCGCGACGCGAGAGAUGAUGUUGCAGCAGCAGGUGCUCAUGCGAGACGAGCAGCUCAAGACCGUUCGGGAGGAGACGGAGUUACAGAGGCAGAAACUGCAGGCAGAACUAGCAGAAUACAAGGAGCAAGUCAAGCAGCAUUCUCUGACGAUUGUGGCUUUAGAGAGCAGCUUGCUGGAGGCCCAGCAGCAGCAGAAGACGCUGGAGGCGGAAAAUGCGGCGCUCGUGGCCCAAAUGGAAGGGUUUCAGAGGGACGCCCGCGAGUCGACAUCGGGAGCGUCACCCGAGGUGUGUCCCGCGGCGGAGUGGCACGGUUGCCUGAGGGAGGAGCUGGCCGCGGCGCAGAGCAUGCUCCUGUCCAAGGAGGCCAUCAUCACUGGGCUAACCAAGGAGCUGGCGGCAACCAGAGCCAGGAUGUCGGACAUGAGAGGGGAGCUGAGCGAGGAGCAGAAGGUGGAACUGGAGCAGAACCAGAGCCGAGUGAAACGCCAAGAGCGGGAACUGAGCCUGCUCCGAGAGAAGCUUUCCCAGCUAUCCAGCCUCGUGGAGACGAAGGAUCGAGCCCUGAAAGCAGCGGUGGAAGAGUUAAGUCAAGCCCAAGCAGAAUGUCGGGCGCUGAAGGAGGCCUCGCGAGGAGCGGCGGCAGAGCCGGAGCGUCCUCCUGGGACGCCAGUGCAGGCGGGGGAAGCCUCGGCGAGGGAGCCGGUGUUGGACUUGGCUGACAUCGGUGCGAGAUGCCGAGGCCACAGGCACGAGGAAACGAUCCAGCGCCAAAAAGCAGGCUUGGCCGAGCUCCGGGAGAGAAUAAAGGUGCUGGAGAAGAGGCAGUGCCCAGCUGUCAUGAAGAAGGGUUCGGAGCCGCAGGUGGUCCUGAUGACAGACUUAGCGGAGAAAGUGUACCUGGAGGUCGUUGGUGCGCUGGGCAGCCUGGUGAAGGUGAAGGAGCUGUCAGGAAUGCAGCCUCUGAAGCACCUUCCCGAGGAGGAGAGGGAAAAAGCGGGACUGCAGAGACGGAAGGGCUUAGAGCUGCUCUACGAGAAGAUCAGGAACCUCUGGAGUCGCCUGGAAAGAAAAGAGGAGAUGCUGAAAGAUUACGAGGCCAAUAUGGAGCAGCUCAGGGUGAACCAAGCAUCGCUGCGAAGGUGCCAGGAGGAGAUGUCCAAACUGGAGGACGAAGCCUACAGGGAGGCAGAAGAGAAGGCUCUGCUGAAGGAGGCUCUGGAGAGGACACGGCUCCAGCUGGGCCAGGAGAAGAGGCUGCUGCGAGCGGCCAAACGGCAAAAGCCUGGAGCCAAGACGCCUUUCUGCUCGGGGAAGCUGAAGGCCAGAGAGCGCCCGGCCGAAGCCUUGGAGGCAGGAAGCGCGUAG